AGGAUGGAUUUAGGUGGUGCAAUCGAGUGUUUAGUUGGCGUAAUUUUUUUGUAUUAAAAAAUUAAUUUUUUCCCAGUUGUUUAAGAUAUGUUUCAUGAAGAUAGGAAAACACAAAAGAAACAUGUUAGUCUUUUUACGAGUUACUGUAAAAAUGUAGGGGUGUAUUUUAAGCGUGUCAAAUGAAAAACAGCUGAAGAUAAUGAUUGGAUAAAGAAAGAGUUUUGGCAUUUUAUACGUGUUUCUGCUGAAAGACCGAUCAUCCCGUGACUAGCUCAGAUUCUUCAAACUACUCUUUGAGAUGGGUGAUUCAAAUAAGGUAAUCACAUGCCGAGCCGCAGUGGCGUGGGAGAAAAAGAAACCUCUGGUGAUUGAAACUGUUCAAGUAGCUCCGCCACAGGCCGGAGAGGUACGAAUAAAGGUUUCUUCUGUAGCUCUGUGUCGUGCGGAUGCCUACACUCUUGAUGGCUUGGAUCCUGAAGGAAUUUUCCCUUGUGUGCUUGGUCACGAAGGUGCCGGGAUAGUAGAGAGUGUCGGGGAAGGUGUGACUAGCUUUAAACCAGGUGACCAUGUCAUUCCUCUGUACAUUCCACAGUGUGGAGACUGCAAGUUUUGCAAAUCACCUAAAACCAACUUGUGCAGUAAAAUUCGGCUUACUCAGGGAAAAGGUUUGAUGCCUAAUGGAACUACAAGAUUUACUUGCAAGGGAAAACAGCUGUUUCAUUUCAUGGGAUGUUCUGCCUUCAGUGAAUAUACCGUAGUGGCUGAAAUAUCUUUGUGCAAGAUCUCAGAAAUGGCCCCAUUGGAGAAAGUCUGCCUGCUAGGUUGUGGUGUACCGACAGGGUUUGGGGCUGCACUUAACACAGCAAAGGUAGAACCAGGCUCUAACUGUGCCAUCUGGGGACUGGGAGCCGUGGGGCUGGCUGUGGCGUUGGGCUGCAAAGCGGCAGGAGCAACUCGUAUCAUUGGAAUCAGUCGCAACCCUCAAAAGUUUGAAAUAGCCAAGAAAUUUGGAGUAACUGAGAUUGUGAACCCUUUGGACCAUGAGAAGCCUAUACAAGAGGUUCUGAUUGAAAUGACUGAUGGAGGAUUGGAUUAUACCUUUGAAUGUGUUGGAAACGUCAUGACAAUGAGGGCAGCUCUAGAGGCCUGCCACAAAGGGUGGGGGACAUCUGUAAUAGUGGGUGUGGCUGGAGCGGGGCAAGAGAUUUCCACCCGCCCCUUCCAGCUGGUCACUGGUCGUUCUUGGAAGGGAACUGCAUUUGGAGGCUGGAAGAGCAAGGAUAGUGUCCCGAAGCUAGUUGACCAAUACUUGGCCGGCAGUCUAAAACUGGAUGAGUUCAUCUCCGAUGUUCUUCCAUUCGAGAAGAUCAAUGAGGGGUUUGAUUUGUUACAUGCAGGAAAAUGUAUACGUGUGGUUUUAAACUACUGAAAAGAAGAAAAAAAACACUCAGCAAAGGAAAAAUAUAAAAUAAACAGUGCCUUGUUUAGUUAAUAAAUUUGAAAUGAAUUUAAUUAUUAA